CCUUCAUCGAAACUGCUGGUUCAAGGGCGUUGUCAUCCACGAAAUAGCGCACGCAAUUGGCUUCUUUCACGAGCAAUCUCGAUCAGACAGAAACAGUUACGUCAAGAUCCUGUACGAGAACAUUGAAAUAGGCAAAGAAAACAACUUCGACAAAUUCGAUCAAGGCCAGAUCCAGCAUUUGGGAGAACCUUACGACUAUAGCAGCAUAAUGCAUUAUGGGCCGGAUAGCUUUACCCGUAAUGGACGACCAACCAUCAUGGGAUUGAGGAGUGGGUCAAACCAAAUGGGUCAGCGGAAAGGAUUUAGUGCUAAUGACGUUCGGCAGAUCAAUAAGUUGUACAAGUGUCCUGCAAAGCCAGUUGCCCCAGGUCCAGAUGAGAAUUCUGUUGAGUACUGUAACUUUGACAGUGGUUCGCUGUGCGACUUUACUCAAGCUACUGGAGACCAGUUUGACUGGACCCUCCAUAAAGGUCCUACAAGAAGCGGUGGAACUGGACCGAGCACAGAUAUGUCUGGAAAAGGUUAUUACGUUUACAUCGAGACAUCCAAUCCUCGCAGAGAAGGCGACAGAGCUGUCCUGCUGUCUCCCCGGCUGACGGGACCUUAUUGUCUUCGUAUGCAUUUCCACAUGCUGGGUGCUAACAUUGGAUCCCUGAGGGUUUACAAAAAUUCAGCAUCGGGUAACAGUGUUGUGUUUUCCGUUGACGGUAAUAAAGGAGAUCAGUGGUACUCGGCGGAAUACUCCUUAACAGGUCCCGAGCAGUUUCAGCUUGCAUUCGAGGCUGUCCGUGGCAAUGGCUACCGAGGUGAUAUUGCUUUAGAUGAAAUUAAACUUGUCCCUGGAAAAUGCAACGCAUCACCGGGCACCCCUGCUCCACCUGUCAUCAAAACGCCGGUCAAACAAAAGACCACACCUGAGCCACCUACUCGUGGAGAAGUGCAAUGCAACUUCGAUACAAGGACUUUGUGUCAGUUUACCCAGACUACUGCUGACGAGUUUGACUGGGUUCUGAACAAAGGGAUCACCUCAAGCGCGCCGGAGACUGGCCCGAGAUCCGAUAUUUCAUCCACAGGCUACUACAUCUAUGCCGAAGCUUCAUUUCCGCGUCAAAACGGAGACCGCGCCCAGCUAUUCUCGCCGAAGCUGAUCGGUGACUACUGUCUUCAGUUUUAUUAUUAUAUGUACGGAGCUCAGAUGGGAGCUCUUCAUGUCGUUGUUCUUGUGGGCGCACAGAGGACCAAACUGGGUUCCAUCACAGGUGACCGGGGACAAAAGUGGUAUAAAGUCGACACCGACAUUCGGAGUGCACAGGCUUACCAGAUAGUUUUUGAAGCAGAGAGAGGCAUUGGUUACACUGGAGAUAUUGCUCUAGACGAAAUCAGAUUAAAACCAGGGAAGUGCAAUCAAUUUCGAGUCCCAACCCAGCCCCCAACGACUAUCAAAACUACUCCUUUAGUCACACAAGUGUUCUGCAACUUUGACAGCAGGUCGUUGUGUGGAUUCACUCAAGAUAACCGAGAUGAAUUCGACUGGACUCUGAAUAAGGGUGUAACAGGCAGUAACCCCAGCACGGGACCAACAGCUGAUCUCUCAGGAAAUGGUUACUACAUUUAUGCUGAGGCUUCCAAUCCUCGGAGGCCUGGCGAUCGGGCCCGCCUUCUGUCUCCAGUUGUGACUGGCAGGACCUGCGUGGCGUUCCGAUUCAACAUGCAUGGAAGAGAUAUGGGGACCCUAAAUGUGUACGGCAAGGUGGGGCCCAUGGAGCAAGUUCUGUGGGAACACAACACUGACAGGGGAGAUACAUGGGAAGGCAUGCAGAUCAACGUCGAAACAUCAGCUCAAUUCCAGGUUGUAUUUGAAGCUAUUCGUGGCAAGGGAUACAGAAGUGAUAUAGCUCUGGAUGAGAUCUCGAUCUAUCCUGGCCCAUGCAUUACAGCAGCUGAACCUUUGGCCCCUACCACAGCCACAUUACAUACCACAUCAAAGAUCACUCCUCUUAAUGAUUUAAGAUGUUUAUCUGGGUGGACUAAAUUUGGCAGAUCGUGCUACAAAUCCUUUGAUGCCAAAAUGUUAUGGCACGCUGCAAAAGCUCACUGUCAACGAGAUGGCGCCUCUCUCGUCGCCAUCAAUGACGCUUAUGAACUUAACUUCGUCAGGAACUUAACCAGGCGAAUUUACGGAGACUAUGCAGUUUGGAUCGGGCUUCGCCGAGACUCUCAGGGGGAAUUCUCACGUUGGGAGAACGGAGAACCACUUGCUUACACCAAAUGGUUCAAGAACGAGCCUGACAAUCUUUUCGGAGACGAGAAUUGCGUUGAGAUGUUUAAAUAUACUGGUAGAUGGAUGGAUUCCACCUGCACUGGGGUGUCUGCUCGGAGUCAUCCUUUCAUUUGCGAGAGCGAGUUGGAGAAAAGUAAACCCCAAUGUCCACCCGGUUGGGAUGAGCUGAGCACCGCCUGCUAUAAAGUUUACGGUGGAAUUCGAGGGAUGUCCCCGUGGGCUGACGCAAGUAAAGUGUGCCAAGCAUCACGUGCCAGCCUCGUGAGUAUCACGUCGCCAGACGAGCGUAAGGAAGUACUUUCUUUAAUGCAGCGUUAUUCUGAGGGCAUGUACGGCUACUGGAUUGGACUAAAACGUUCUUUUUCAAGCACGUUCUCAUGGGAGGAUAAAAGUCCCCUGACUUACACCAAAUGGGCAAGAGGCGAGCCUAAUAACUGGAUCAGGAAUGAAGACUGUGUUUACAUGAGUACACAAGAUGGAACCUGGUUCGAUUCUCGCUGCUCACGUUAUCUACCAUUCAUUUGCAAAUUAUCUUUAGCACGUGAUCGUCCAACAGAUCCCACUACCCCUCUUCCGGUCACAUGUGGGGUGAAAAUGAACGAGACUUCUAUAUCCUCUGGAUUAGCUCUUGGCGUAAUCGUAGGGGGAAAGGUUGCAAUCCCAGGAGCGUGGCCUUGGCAAGUUGCUCUUCUGUGUAAGACUUGCACUGACCCUAGUUGUGGAGGUACCUUGAUUUCUGCAUAUCACGUGAUUACGGCCGCACACUGCAUUCCCUCCGACACUGAUACAUUCGUCAAAGACUACAAGAUUCGCCUCGGUGAACACGAUAUCCGAACGAACGAAACCGACGAACAAGACAUUGACAUAGCCGCCGUUUACAGACACGCUUCCUACGGUGUAACAGCUCCCCACGAUAGCGACAUUGCAGUCAUUAAGUUGGCCUCUCCCGCCACAUUCAGUAGCAGCGUAGGACCAGCAUGUCUACAAAGCAACAACAUAGAUUUUCCUCCAGAUACAGAAUGCGUCAUCACAGGUUGGGGUCGCACCCGUCGACGAGGCGGCACAUCUUCUGUUCUUAGAGAGGCGAGGGUUCCCUUAGUCGGAGAAGCAGACUGUAAGAAAAACUACAGACCAGAGCUCAUAACUUCCAACAUGAUCUGUGCCGGAAACUUGGGAGGAGGAAUUGACGCCUGUCGGGGAGACAGCGGAGGCCCUCUCGUCUGCGAGAAAGACGGCCGCUGGCAUCUCGUGGGCACAACCAGCUGGGGAUGGGGUUGUGGUGGCCAGUAUUACGGAGUAUACACAAACAUCGCUGAGCUGUAUGAAUGGAUCAAGGAAAACAUGAAAUGAAGAGAAGAUUGAAUUAGAAAUUGAUCUAGAGUGCAGUUAAAAUGUACACGAAAAGAAAGCCAAAUAAAGCGUAAGGCCUCUAUCCCAA